AUGAACGAGUCAUUGGAUAUUGAAAAUGCCAAGGCGAAGUUGAAGUUGGUGUUUUCUUUCUGGGAGAGUUGUGAAAAUAAAAGCUUUUCGCAGAGCAAGGCGUUUUGCGUUUUGUCUGGAAAGUCUAGCAAGGAGGAAAAUGCCACGACGCAAGAGCAGUUUCAGAUGUGGCUGUUGGGGUACCAACUUACAGAGACGUUUUUUCUGUUCCUGAACAAGGAAAAGUUAAUCAUUUUAACAAGUGACAAGAAAAAAAAAUUUUUGCAGCCGCUAUUGGAUAGCGUGGAAAAUGUACAAGUGAUGGAAAGAACCAAUGACAAUACGGAGAAUUUUAAUAAAAUAAAAAAAAUGAUUAAUGAGGUAGGAACGGAAGAAAUAGCUGUUCUGAAGGAUAAAGAUGCAAUGGGCAAUUUUUUUGAAAGUUGUUAUAAUUUUAUAAAAGCUUUAGAAAUUCCUCAGCUAGAUGUGAAUACCGAUUUGAAAUUUUUGUUGAAUUUUCGAUCCGAGUCAGAUAUAAAGAUUCAGAAAAGUGGGAGUGAUAUUGCUUGUAUUAUUUUAAAAAAUAUUUUAAUAACAACUAUAGAGAAUGCAUUAGACAGUGAGGAAUACCAGAGCCAUGACAAGAUAAAGGACAAGGCAUUAAAAUUUCAUGAAAAUAAAAAAUGUGUUUUGAAGUUGAAGGAAAAAUUGAAGGUUGAUAUAGACGACAUAGAUGUUAUAUAUAGUAAUGUACAAAGUGGAAAUGAAUUUACCUUAAAUUAUAAAAAUAGCAAUAACAAAAGUUACCUGUCCCAGAAUGAGGGUACUAUACUUGUUGGUGUGGGUGUGAAGUAUAAGGAGCUUUGUUCAAAUGUGAAUAGGACUCUUUUGCUAAAUGCGAAGACGCAACAUAAGGAGUUGUAUAGCUUCACUUUGGCUAUUGAAAAGUAUGUGAUUAAGGAAUGCCUGCAGGUGCAGAGUACAUAUGCAGAUGUGUAUAAAAAGGCGCUUAGUUUUGUUAAGACAAGUAAAAAGGAUUAUUCUACUUUGAGUGAGAUAAAUGUGGAAGAUUAUUUUGUCAAGUGCCUUGGACAUGUGAUUGGUAUUGAGUUCAUGGAGAAGGAUUUUUUAAUAACGGAAAAUAAUACAAGUGGAAUGAUUCAGAAGAAUACUUCUUAUAAUUUAUCGGUUGGAUUUGAAAAUGUGCCUGAGAAUGACAAGAACAAUUUUGCCAUAUGGAUCAGCGAUACGGUGUGCAUUAAUGACGCGGGGGAGGUCAAUGUACUUACGGACUCGAUUAGUAAAGAAAUAAAUACCAUUUCGUAUGAAUUGGAGGAUAGCAAGAGUGAAGAGGAGAAUGAUACUAAGGUGAAGAGUGAAAAGAAGGAACAAAAUGGAGAUUAUAAAAAAGAGAAGACCGGAAUUUCUGCUAGCAUUUUAAACAAUGCAGCUAGUGUUAUUGUGUCAGAUAGGUUAAGGAGGAGAAAUAAGAAUUCCCUCGCUCAUAACAAUGAACAAGAAAUGGAAGAAUUAAACAAAAGACAAAGUGAACUUAAGGAGAAAAAAAUGAAUGAAAUUAAAAUUCGAUUUUCCAAAGGAACAAGUGAUUACAAGGAUCCAAAUAAGAAAAAUGUGAAAAAGUUAGAAGAUGUAAAAGCGUACAAUGAUGUUGAUAUGCUUCCUAGAGAUUUGAGGCCAAACAUAAUAUGUGUUGAUAAUAAGCAUGAAUGUAUUUUACUUCCAAUCAACGGGGCACAUAUUCCAUUUCAUGUUUCCACGAUAAAAAAUUUGAGCUCGAAUUAUGAAGACAAUAAUGAUAUAUUCGUGUUGCGUAUAAAUUUUCAAGUACCAGGAGGGCAAGGGGUGUUGAAAGGCGAUUUCAAUACAUUCCCCACUCUGCAGGAAAAGGAAAUGUAUAUAAAGGAGUUGAUAUUUAAAUCGAAUGAUGAAAGGCAUUUUCAAAAUAUUGUUAAACAGGUGAAGGAUCUUAUAAAGCAUGUGAAGCAGAAGGAAGUGGAAGCGGAUGUGAAUGAUCCCCAACAUGCUCAGGAAAAAUUAAUAUUGAACAAAAGUGGAAGAAGAAUUAUGCUGAGAGAUCUUAUGACCAGACCCAAUAUAUUCACAGGAAGAAAAAUAUUAGGAACGUUGGAGCUACACACAAAUGGGGUCAGGUAUUCUGCAAAUUCUCGAGGAACGACAGAAUAUAUUGACAUCCUUUUUGAUGAUAUAAAAUAUGCCUUUUAUCAGCCUUGCGAUGGACAAUUAAUUAUUUUAAUUCACUUCCACUUGAAGAGGUAUAUUAUGGUUGGAAAGAAGAAGACGCUGGAUGUGCAAUUUUACUGCGAGGCAGGAACCCAAAUUGAUGACCUCGAUCGAGCCAAGGCAAGGAAUGUGUAUGACCCAGAUGAAAUGCAUGACGAAAUGAAAGAAAGGGAACAGAAAAAUCGACUCAAUUUAAUUUUUAAAAAUUUCGUACAACAAAUGCAAGAUAUUUCCAAAAUAGAAUUCGAAAUUCCCUAUCCUGAAUUGACCUUUUCUGGAGUUCCAAAUAAAAGUAACGUGGAAAUUUUUGUAACAGCAAAUACGAUUAAUCACCUUGUGGAAUGGCCACCUUUUAUCCUGUCCGUGGAAGAUAUUGAAAUUGCUUCCCUCGAAAGAAUACACCAUGGGUUACGUAACUUCGAUAUGAUUUUUGUAUUUAAGGAUUACACCAAGCCUGUGAAGCGUAUUGAUGUGAUACCCACUGAGUAUAUUGACACUAUUAAGAAGUGGCUGACCACCAUUGACAUUGUGUACUAUGAGGGGAAGAACAACCUUCAGUGGGGAAAUAUUUUGAAGACCAUUUUGGCCGACAUUGACUCGUUCGUUGAAUCGAAGGGGUUCGACGGGUUCCUUGGCGACGAUGACGAGGAGGAUGAGCAGUCUGCCGAGGAUGAGGACGACGACGACGAGUACGAGCUGGACGAGUCGGAGAUGAGCGCCGAGGACGACAGCGACUACGAUGACAGCGAAGACGAGAGCCUCGCCACGGAGAGCGACGGGGAAGGGGAAGUCGAGGAGGACUCCGACGACGAGGGACUCUCUUGGGACGAGCUCGAGGAGCGGGCCAAAAAGGACGACAAAAAGCGAUUCGCGUACAAGAGCGACGACGACGAAGGAUACAACAAGAGGAAGAAGAAGAAAAAGAAUUAA